AUGCUGUCAUUAAUACAUACCUUUGUAAAAUAUGCUAUUAAAUAUAAGUCAUCUGCUAAGAAUGAUGCGGAUGAAAUUAACAAUGUUGUUUCUCGUAUAGAAAAUGUGUAUGAGAAAGAAAUAGAAGAAAAUGAAUACUCUAACGAGGAUAAUUGUUACCAUAAGACUGGCAAAAUUACUUACACUGCAACUGAUUAUGUCAUGAUUGACAACUUUUACGUAUGUGACACAGUAAAUAUCUGUACUGAAAACAGUUUAAAAGUAGGCGAUAAAGUCGAUUAUUUAGCCUUGAAUGAAGGUCAUAAGAAUGAACAUAAAGUAAAAAAAAUUACUUCUGUGAUAGACGAAUCAUGGGAUAAUAUUGUUCUAGAAUCUCAAACAAAAUUGACUGAGACACAGACAUUAAGUAAAUGCAUAAUUGGCAAAGUAGUAGAACGUAAAAAUCGUUUGUUGGUCAUCGAACCUAAUGAUAUUUCUGUGGAUUUGAAUAAAGUGCAGUCAGAAUUUAUUCCUGUGAUCGGAGAUUGGUUACAGAUAGAGUCAGAAGUUAAAAUUGAUAGCAACAGUCAUGAUUUGAGUGGAGAAAUCCUAGAGAUCAGAAAAAUACUACCUCUGCGAUCUAAGCUGGAUAUUGGAACUGUAUCUAGUUAUGAUCCAGUUAAAGAAAUUGGUUCUAUUGGGAAAGAUAUUGUAUUUAAUAAAAGAAUUUGUGAUUCCGGUUAUGUUCCUUGUAUUGGUGACAAAGUAAUUUAUGAUAGUAUUGAAAGUGAUCAAGGAUUUUAUACAUGGAGGUCAUUGACUGUGGUUCCAAUAAAUCAGGUGUCAGGGAAAAAUACCCUACGAACAUUAUGGAAGACACCAUCAACACAACAGAAUCUAGAUAAACUUGUGAAAAAUAAAGGUGGCGUAAUAAUUACUGAUAAUUUAAAUGUUAUUUUAAAUGUAUCAGAAGAAACGAAUGUAAGUCUUACAAUACAAAAUGUAGACGAUAUUCCUCAUGUAUUACAUAGAGGUUGUUUUAUGGUAAAGAAAGCUCAGUCUCAAUUAGAGCUAGUACAACCAUGUGUUGCUGAUACAACUUCAGUAUUAAAUCCUUCUGAUACUUUAACUUAUAUAUUUAAAUGCAAAGCGAAAUUUAUUGGUACAAGUGAAGAAUUAUUUAUCUUUAAGUUUAAAGGUUUUGAAAUUGGAAGAAUCUUUUAUAUAACAGUUAAACCUAAAGGUACCCAAAAUAAAAUACGUUGUACAAGUAAUACUAAUAACAAAACUAGUGGAUCUAAUAUCCCAGAUUUGGACAAAUGGGAUCAAUCCACAUAUAUUCCAGGCAUUCGACCAUGUAAACCACCACAAUUCAUCAAAGUACGUAAUGUAAUGUUCAAAGUACCCAGGCAUUAUUGGGUUAUAAUACAGCAAUGCUUAAAUGAAAGAAAAUCACAAACUGAAUGUGAACAUGCUGUAGGAAAUGCUAUACCUUCUUUAUUGAAUAGGCUCACUUUUCAAUCGUAUAAAGAUCGUUUUCACGCUUUACUAUAUUUAGAAGAAAUUGCCCAAACAAUAAAUAUACAACAGUACGACAUUGCAAGUACAAUUAUGAGACCUUAUGGAGAAUAUUUGGUGAUGCAAGUGCCAGGCCUUGCUGAAAAGCGGCCAUCUCUUCUUAUUGGUGACAGAGCUGUAGUAUCUUUCAAGUGGGAUAGUUCUCAAGGAAAACUGAAGUAUGAAGGAUUCAUUCACAAAGUCACAAGUUCAGAGAUUUUCUUGAAAUUCAAUCAGAAAUUUCAUGAGGAAUAUAAUAGUGAAGAUUGUCAAGUAACGUUCAAAUGUUCACAAUCUGUUUUACAACGUUGUCAUAAUGCUAUUAAUAUGGCUACAAACCGUUUGGGUUCUGAUUUUUUAUUUCCUACACAUGUAAUUGAAAAAGAUUCUCAAUUAAAUCUUGAAGAAAUCGAAUUAUUAAACGAGACAACUUCAAAACAAAUGACUCAUCAACGGACUGAUUCUGUAUCAUCAGAAUCUUCUUGUACUAGUACUAAUACAUCGAUAAGCAAUAAAUCUAGUAAUACGUCAAAGUCGUCUAAAAGAGUAUCAGUUGUAGAACGAUUAUUUAAUGUUAAGCCAAUAGAACAAGAUCAAGAAAUUACAACAAGCUCAGUCGUUACGACAAAAAAUAAUCAAUAUAUUGAAACAAACAUAACAAUGAAUGAAACAAGUACUCCAAACAGUUCAAAGGAUGCAUCGUCAAUUAUUUCUGAGGACACUGAAUUAGAACCAUAUAUUUUGCAAGUAAAAAAACGAAAAUUUAUUUGGUACAACAAAAAUUUAAAUUACUAUCAAAAAGAAGCUGUGAGAAACAUAUUGAAAGGACAUGCACGGCCGUUACCUUACGUGAUAUUUGGACCUCCUGGCACUGGGAAAACUAUUACACUUUGCGAAGCAGUUUUACAAAUUUUAUCAACUGUACCGGACAGCCGAUUGUUAAUUGCAACACCGUCUAAUAGCUCAGCAAACCUUAUAGCAGAAAGACUUUUAGAUAGUGGCGUCAUUGAACCUGGUGUCAUGGUACGGCUUAUUGCUCAUCAUUGCUUGGGCAGUGAUUCUAUACCUGACAGAUUAUUGCCAUAUUGUGCCACUGCGGAACUAGCAGAAGAGGGAACACAUAAAAGAACAAAGUAUAAUGGAAUGGGGCCAAGAUUAAAUUGCACUAUGAGCGUACUUGGUCGUCAUAGAAUCACUAUUGGUACAUGUAUUGCAUUAGGAAUCUUGUACAAUAUGGGCUUUCCUCAUGGACAUUUUACACAUGUGUUAGUUGAUGAGGCUGGUCAGGCAACUGAACCAGAAAUUAUGAUUCCACUUAAUUUCAUUCAUUCCGAUCAUGGACAAGUAGUACUUGCGGGCGAUCCAUUACAACUUGGCCCAGUUGUACAAAGCAAACUAGCAAAAAGUUUCGGUUUGGACGAAUCGUUUUUAGUAAGAUUAUUGCGACAUUUCCCGUAUCAAAGAGAUCCUACUGGUUUUGAAACUCAUUACGAUCCUCGUCUCGUUACCAAGCUUGUUAUGAAUUAUCGAAGUUUACCAGAAAUAUUGGAAUUGUCAAGUUUCAUGUUUUAUGAUUCUGAACUAAUAGCACAAGUAUCAUCUAAAAGAAGUAGAGAAGCAAAGCUUUUACGAACAUUGGCUGCUGAAUUACCAGAAAGGAAAGAUUUUCCACCGGCUAUAGUUUUUCAUGGUGUAAACGGAGAGAAUUGUAAAGAUAAUGACAGUCCCAGCUGGUAUAACCCUGAAGAAGCAACGCAGGUAUAUCUAUACCUGUUAAAACUGUAUAAGUGUGGUCUCUCUCCUGACGAUAUUGGGAUCAUAACACCUUAUCAAAAACAGGUUCUCGAAAUUCGAGACUUACUUAUGGAGUUAGACGUGGCGUUACCGAAAGUCAGCAGUGUCGAAGGGUUUCAAGGUCAAGAGCGCAACGUUAUUAUUAUAUCAGCUGUGCGGUCUACAAAAAAUUUUGUAGAUGACGAUAUCAAACACUCUCUUGGAUUCGUUGCCUGUCCUCGAAGACUCAAUGUUGCAAUUACACGUGCUCGUGUUUUAGUUAUAAUUUUAGGAAAUCCAAGACUUUUAGCGCAAGAUUUAUAUUGGAGGAACGUUUUAAUAUAUUGUAUAAACCGAGAUUCUUACACCGGAUGUAGCUCCGUAUUUUCUGAUAUAGAAGAUUCGCGGGUAGAAUUAAACAAUUCGUGACGAUUCAUUGCAAUAUCCGAAAGAGUACAUCUUUAUAUGCGUUAAGGUAUCUUUUACGGAACAUUAAAAUUACAUUUUCAUUUUG